AUGAAUAUCUCCAAAGAGUUAAAGUCAUGGUCCUCUCCAUCAUACAUCGAGCCAGCAACUGUCCCCAGAGCCGGCGAUAAGGCCCCCUCGGACCCAGAAUUGGUCAUUCCCGCCGACCAUGGGAAGCCAACCAUCGUUGCUUUUCUUCGACACUGCGGGUGUCCAGUCGCUGAAGCAACGUUACUUGCGAUGCGUACUGCGGCUACUCACCACCCUGAUAUCAACUUUAUUGCUAUAUCUCAUAGUGACCAGCCGUCAACUGAGAAAUGGCUGAAUGCCGUUGGAGGUCCAGGCUCGGUGAAGGUAGUCGUUGAUGCGGAGCGUGAGACUUACGCGAAAUGGGGGUUAGGAGUUGUACCGUGGGGUCAUGUUCUCAGUGCCGCGGCGAUGGUGAAUAUCUGGAAGCUCGGGAGGGGACAGGGGAUUUGGAAUAGGCCGACUGAGAGUGGGAGUAGAUGGCAAUCAGCUGGCCACUGGGCUGUUGAUCAGGAGGGCUAUGUGCGGUGGGGAAGUCCGGCAGCUAGAGCUGAUGAUAUGAUGGAUGUUAUGGAGGCUAUAAAUGCCUUGCAAAGGCCCCGUGAGAGGCUUUGA